AUGGUUUUUCCAGUAGGCCACCAAGGCUUUGAAGUUCCUAUACCGGCUGUUGAAGAACAUCAUCACGGUGUUUCGAAUGUGGUCCAUCGGGAUCCUACGUUUGGCGGUCAAGCAUUAGGACGUCAAGGAUCCAUUGUGAUUGCUUCUAAUAGACAUGUCGAUGUGGAUUUGACUGCUUUGCCAAGUCCAGCUCCGCAAGUGACUCAAAGUUCUGAAUCGCCCGUUGUGGCCAUCCCCGAAUUCAAGCCAACCCAAACCAAGAUGGCCUUCCAUGUUUACAUAGCUGACAAUCUCACAGACGCUCAGAAACAAUCCGGAAUACCUGUGACUUACUCCGACUAUCUCACCAAGCUGGCCUUCGACAUCCUCAUCAACAUCCAUGGGCGUUCUCUUCUUGAAUUGAAGAGAUCGAUUUUCAUGGCCUGCAACAAGAACCAAUCCGGAUGUGGAACUUUACUCAGUGAUGCCGACGCUGAACGACGAGUAACCAAACCUGGCUCGCAGCGCAGAGGAAAGCGCGCAGCGCCAGGCGUAGCCGCUCCGUAG